GUCGUCUGCCCUUGUGCUCGGGUGGAGUUGGAUGAAUCAGUCGACGACCAACGCUCUUGAGGAAAUGACUGAGCCUUUUGUAGUAGAAUGCUAACUUUUCCUUGGCUGCUAACUCCUUGUCAUAUUUCAGGAUUCCUCUAGCCGAAGAGAAGAAGUGUUUGCGUGCCAACGUGUAUCCGGACAAAUAGUUUUCUUUUUCCUGAUUAGCCUUAACAUGUUAACAUCGGUUCUUGCUAACGUUGACUGUGGAGAGAAGCUGUCUUAACUUGGGAUAAAUGGCUACCGAUCGUGUCAUCAACUUGUGACUCUCUGUUUAGUCACUGUGGGCGAACAACUGAAAACUAGCGCAGAAAGUGUUACAGUUAUUGUUGCUAUAUACCACAGCAACGAAGCCGAACCAAGUAAAAUUACAAUUUAAACCUGCCGUUUUGUAUUUGAUAAAAUGAAAGAGGCACAGUCGGAUGUAUUGGGAUUUGUUCCCCAAAAAGACAUCGUAUAUAACAAACUGCUGCCUUAUGCGGAUAGGCUCGAUGACGAAUCCAAUGAUCUUUUGAGUAAAAUUAAGGGGAACUUGGCCCGGGCUGUUCAGUUUCGAGAAAUAUGGCCCGGUGUGCUGUUUUGGACGAGGAAGCUUUCCACGUACAUACGACUAUAUGGACGAAAGUUUAGCAAAGAAGACCACGUGCUUUUCAUCAAGUUGCUCUAUGAGCUAGUUACCGUCCCUCGUCUCGAGGUCAGCAUGAUGCAAGGCCUCGCUCGUCUCCUCAUCAACCUGCUCAAGAAAAGAGAGCUUCUCUCAAGGGAGGACCUGGAAUUGCCUUGGAGGCCUCUCUAUGAACUGCACAACAGGAUCCUUUUCUCUAAGACAGAGCAUUUGGGCCUCAAUUGGUUUCCCAACUCUGUGGAAGGUGUGUUGAAGACACUUGUGAAAAGCUGCAGGCCAUAUUUUCCAGAGUCUGCAACCCAGGAGAUGCUGGAUGAGUGGAGACCACUAUUUUGUCCAUUUGACGUCACCAUGCAGACAGCAAUCUGCUACUUUGAACUCUUUCUACCCACAACUCUACCACCGGAGCUGCAUCAUAAGGGCUUCAAGUUGUGGUUUGAAGAGUUGAUCAACUUGUGGGUAUCGGUGCAGAAUCUUCCAAGCUGGGAACUGAAUCUGGUGAAUCUCUUUGCUCGCUUGGCCAAUGACAACAUCGGCUACGUUGACUGGGAUCCUUAUAUUCCCAAGAUUUUCACAAGAGUCUUGAGGAGUUUGAAUCUUCCCGUGGGGACCAGCCAGAUGAUGUUCCCGCGAUACUUAACCAAUGCCUACGACAUCGGCCAUGCGGUGCUUUGGAUAUCGUCACUUCUGGGUGGACCAAGUAAACAAACUCAAGCACAGCUCACUGGCCUUUUCAACAGCAUCACAUCUUUCUUCCACCCAUCAAACCACGGUCGCUGGUUGAUGAAACUCAUGAAGUUGCUGCAGCGUCUUCCUGCCAGCGUUGUUCGACGGCUGCAUCGAGAGCGCUACAGAAAGCCUUCAUGGUUAACGCCGAUCCCUGACAAUUAUAAACUCACUGAGGACGAUAUCACAGAUUUUGUAGAGAGUAUGAUGCAGCCAGUACUGCUGGCCAUGUUCAGCAAAACAGGCAGUCUCGAUGCUGCUCAGGCUCUCCAGAACCUUGCACUGAUGAGGCCUGAGUUGGUCAUUCCUCCGGUUCUGGAGAGAACAUACCCAGCACUGGAAACUCUAACAGAGCCCCACCAGCUGACAGCCACACUAAGCUGCAUGAUCGGUGUAGCGCGGAGCCUAGUGUCUGGUGGAAAGCACCUUCCUGAGGGGCCCACUCACAUGUUGCCCCUACUCAUGAGGGCCCUGCCUGGAGUUGAUCCAAAUGACUUCAGCAAGAGCAUGAUCACUUUCCAGUUUAUUGCUACAUUUGUGACUCUUGUGCCUUUGGUGGACUGUUCAUCUGUUCUACAUGAAAGAACAGACUUGACAGAGGUGGAAAAGGAAAUGUGCUCAGCCUCUGCAGAAUUUGAAGACUUUGUGCUCCAGUUUAUGGACAGGUGCUUUGCCCUAAUCGACAGCAGCACUCGAGAGCAAACACGUGAGGAAACAGAAACUGAGAAAAUGACCCAUUUGGAGAGUUUGGUGGAACUCGGCUUAUCUUCUACCUUCAGCACUAUCCUUACUCAGUGCUCCUUGGACAUCUUCAAGGUGGCCCUGGAAAAGGUUUUUAACUUUGCAACCACCAACAUUUUUGAGACUCAUGUAGCCGGAAGGAUGGUGGCAGAUAUGUGCCGGGCUGCUGCCAAGUGUCACCCUGCAGAGUCUCUUAAGAUAUUUGUGCCUCACUGCUGUAGUCAAAUACACCAAAUUGCUUCUAAUGAAGAAGUAUUACAUGAAGAGGAACUUGACAAGGAGUUUUUAUGGAAUCUGCAGCUACUGUCAGAGGUUACUCGAGUGGAUGGUCACAAGCUCCUGCCCUAUUCCUCUGACUUGGCCCAGAUUUUGCAGUUGACCCUCCACCUCAAGUGUAAGCAGGGCUAUAUCCUAGCAUGCAACCUACUGCAUCACAUCCUCCGCUCUACUGCCCUCAUCUAUCCUACUGAGUAUUGCAGUGUGCCAAGUGGCUUCUGCCAACCAAUCACAGAGUACCUACCCAUCAAGGAUUGGGGUCGUCCAGGUGAUUUGUGGAACCUGGACAUCCGGUGGCAUGUGCCCAGUGCUGAUGAGACCACCUUUACCUUUUAUUUACUGGGCCUGAUUCUUAAGCCAGAACUGAAUAGGCUUCAAAGUUUUGCUGAGGGAGAACAAGAAAUGAGCAGAGAUGAUGUCUUACAGAGUCUCACCAUUGUUCAACACUGUCUCUUGGGAGCCGGUGGUCUUAUGCCUCCCUUGAAAGGAGAGCCUAUACCUGAACUGGUCCAUAGUAUGGUGACUCUAGAGGAGACCACCCUGUAUACUGGAACAAAGUAUGAUGAGUCCAAAGAGAACUACAGAGAUUCCAUUUGUCAUGUGAUGAGACAGUUGCUUCAUUAUAUACUGGAACACUCUGAAGAUGACACCAAGUCUCUUUUUUCCAUUAUCAAGAUUAUCAGUGAAUUGCUGCACUUUAAAGGUUCCCACAAACAUGAGUUUGACUCUCGCUGGAAGAGCUUCAACCUUGUGAAAAAAUCGAUGGAAAACAGGCUUCAUGGCAGAAAGCAGCAUAUCAGAGCUCUGCUCAUCGACAGAGUCAUGCUCCAGCACGAACUGCGCAAGCUGACGGUGGAAGGGUGUCGGUACAGGAGCAUUCACCAGGAGCUGAUGAGGGAUCUGUUGCGCCUCUCCACAAGCACCUACAGCCAAGUACGUAGCAAAGCUCAAAGUGUACUGUUCACUUCACUUGGCACAUACAAUUUCUGCUGUAGAGAUGUGAUUCCCCAUGUCCUUGAGUUUCUCAACCCAGACAACAGCAGCGUCACACAGCAACAGUUCAAAGGUGCCUUGUAUUGUCUGCUUGGGAAUCACAGUGGAGUGUGCCUGGCCAAUUUGCAUGACUGGGAGUGCAUUGCCCUGACUUGGCCUGCUAUUGUUCGAUCUGGCCUCAGUUCAGCCAUGUCUUUGGAGAAGCCCUCCAUAGUGCGGCUCUUCGACGACCUCGCUGACAAAAUUCACCGACAGUAUGAGACCAUUGGGAUCGACUUCUCAAUCCCUGAAGAGACCUGUGAUGUAGCCAAACGACUUAUGGUCACUGGAAAUCCCUUUCCUAAAGACCCUAUUCCUUCAGAGGAAGAAACAUCACAAGGAGUUCACAGACAGGAACUCAAGAAUUUAGAGUCUGGCAAGAAGUACCAGCAGCUCAUUGGUGAUUUGCUAAACUCCCUCAGCAACAGAAACUUGCCUUGGAAAUUUGAACACAUCACUAUUGGCUUCUUGUCACUGCUCCUGAGAGAUGACCACCAACUCCCACCGGCAGCCGUUUUGUUCUUUGUCAAAACCCUUAACCACGACUCCCUCUACGUGCGCAAGGUGGCAAUAUCAGCUGUGGCAGGGAUCAUGAAACAAAUAAAAAUGCCUCAUAAGAAAGUGCCAGUCAGUCCUUCUGAGCUUUGCAAGCAGCACAAAGGUGCACUUCAAGAGACGGAAGGUAUAGUGGCCGGUGACCGCCCAGACAACAAGUGGCUGCAGUAUAACAGCAACAGCCUGCCAAGGACUCAGCAGGACUGGGAUCUCUGUGCUUUUGUGGAAAAGACUCAUUGGGGUUACUACAGCUGGCCAAGGAAACUGAUGAUGUAUGCUCCUGAGGAAGAGCAGCCCAAACAGAAGCUAACUAGAGAGGAAAUGACAGAGCGGGAGCAGAUCAUCUACGACCAUUUCUCAGACCCAGUAUUCAUCAAGCAGUUUAUUGAGUUUCUCUCUCUAGAGGAUCGAAAGGGCAAAGACAAGUUUAGCACGCGCAGAUUCUGUUUGUUCAAGGGUUUGUUCCGCAAUUUCAGUGACACCUUCCUGCCUCUGCUGCAGCCUCACAUGGAGCGCUUGGUAGCGGACACCCAUGAGAGUAAGCAGCGUUGUGUUGCGGAGAUCAUAUCUGGCCUAAUCAGAGGAUGCAAGCACUGGAGUUACUCUAAGGUGCACUUUCACUCAGGACUCAUGCUCAUUUUUAUUUUGUUGCACAACAUUGUUUGGAUUUAUCUUCAACGUAAAUGCCUAAUUUGCAGGUUGAGCAGCCUUUGGGAAGUGUUGUGUCCACUCCUUCGUACAGCCUUGUCCAACAUCACCGUAGAAACAUAUGCAGACUGGGGCACCUGCAUAGCCACCGCCUGUGAGAGUAGAGACCCUCGCAAACUUCACUGGCUGUUUGAGAUGCUCAUGGAGUCUCCAGUCAAUGGGGAGGGAGGCUCAUUUGUCGAUGCUUGUCGCCUGUAUGUGCUGCAGGGAGGCCUUGCUCAGCAGGAGUGGCGUGUGCCAGAGCUCCUCCACAGACUGUUGCAGUACUUGGAGCCCAAACUGACUCAGGUUUACAAAAAUGUACGGGAGCGGAUUGGAAGCGUGCUGACCUACAUCUUCAUGAUAGAUGUCAACCUGCCUUACACUCAACCAACCACCUCGCCUCGCAUCUCGGACUUCACCGACAGAAUUUUGUUACAGCUGAAACCCCUGACUGAGGGCGACGAGGAGAUCCAAAACCAUGUGGUUGAGGAGAAUGAGGUGGGAGAGCAGGAUGAGAGAACACAAGCGAUCAAACUUUUCAAAACAGUGUUAAAAUGGCUGAUUUCAAGUGCCGGCCGCUCCUACUCCACCGCUGUCCCUGAGCACCUGCGCUUGCUGCCCCUACUCUUCAAAAUUGCUCCAGUCGAAAAUGAUGACAGUUAUGAUGAACUGAAGAGGGAUGCAAAGACCUGCCUGUCUCUCAUGUCGCAGGGGCUCCUCUACACAGAGCAGAUCCCCAUGGUCCUCAAUGUCCUGCAGGAGAUUGCAGGCAGCAGCUCCUGGCACGCUCGCUACACGGUGCUGACAUACCUCCAGAUCAUGGCAUUUUAUAACCUGUUCACAUUCAUGAGUGACCAGAAAGCAAUGAAUGACGUGCGGGCGCUGGUUAUAAGACUGCUGGAGGACGAACAGCUGGAGGUAAGAGAAAUGGCAGCCACCACACUCAGUGGCUUCCUCCAGUGCAAUUUCCUGCGCAUGGAUGCCCCCAUGCAGGCUCACUUUGAGGCUCUGUGCAAGACCCGCCUCCCUAAAAAGAGAAAAAGGGGUGUCGGCUCAACAGUGGACACUAUACCUUCUGCCGACCUGGUGCGGCGCCAUGCUGGUGUUCUUGGGCUGAGUGCUUGCAUUCUCUCAAGCCCAUAUGAUGUACCCACCUGGAUGCCCCAGCUAUUAAUGGACCUCAGUGUCCACCUCAAUGAUACCCAACCAAUUGAAAUGACUGUGAAGAAAACCCUGUCCAACUUUCGGAGAACGCAUCAUGACAACUGGCAGCAGCAUAAGCAGCAGUUCACAGAUGACCAGCUGCUGGUGCUCACUGACCUGCUGGUCUCCCCCUGUUACUAUGCCUAAAACCUGACUACAUCCAUGCCAGCCUGCAUCAAGGAGGUGGCUGAAGUUCCAAGACACCAGGAAGUGGCACACAAAAUAACUUGCAAUGUUGUGUGUUAUGUAUGUAGCUCAUUUACAUUUCUUCUAUACUUAAUAUUUAAGGAUCAAUCAUGGCAGGGAUGGAUGACCUGCAGUGUGUAAUAUUUCUGUUUUUUUUUUUCUUUUGGUUUGGUUGUUUGAUCGCGUGUGUGGAUGCUUGAAAAUGUGUGACCCGUCGGACACAUUUCUCAGGGUUUACAUCCCAAGAAUCAACUCUGAGCCAACACAAUGUCCCGGUGUAGGACAUGUGCGUCAUUGUUAUCAUCUUCCUUAAGUGAAGUGUUUGUCUUGAACUGCAAAAGGUUGUCAACAGAACUCUUUAGAUUAGAUUGUUUGUGUGGCUGUUUGAUCUAGAUAUGAUUAUAUGCAUCGUGUGUGUGUCACGCUUUAGCAAAUAUGCACAAACAUAUUUAUUUAUUUAUAAGUUCUUGAAGUGCUGCAUUUAUAUUUUUCUAGCAAGUAUUUCUGCAGGUUAAGUAGGUGGGUUAGAUUUAUUUUUUGUUCCCCCCCAACCCCCGGUAAAGCACUACAGCCUAUUUUCAUCUACUCUUGCAAAGAAAGGGGAGAGAGUGCGCUCCCCCAUGCGGUGCUGUCAUGUUUGUUUUGUGAGUACCUGAUCACUUUUCAAGGUUCUCCAGUGCAAAACAUUGUUCACUGUGCCAGUCCAUAAUUUCAAUUAAUUGUUGAUUCCCCCUGCCCCACCCCCUCCUAUAACUAUUUUAUUUAGCUCAGCUUAUGUUUUCCUGUCGUGACUUGAAAUGAGUUCCAACAUUGAAGCAUUUAGUACCUCACCUUUGUAUAGUGUAGUGCCAACAUUUCUGUGACUUUAUAUUUAGAUGAACUGUUUGCUCAUUGUAUGAUAUUAUGUAUAAAUAAAUUGUUUAUAAAACUA